AUGCAAGAGAAGAAAAUUUGUGACUUAGCUUCUAUUACUACCUUGGGAUUCUUAUACGAAAGACUUGGGCGUAUGGCAGGAAGAUCAUUUGAUGAAUCUGUUCAAGUAUUGCUUAGAGGACUUAAAAACAGUGAGUCUCAAACAAGAGCAGAGAGUUUAGUCACUUUAGAAAAGCUGUGUUGUGGAAUGGGUUCAGCAGCAUCCAAUCAGCAUCGUGAUAUCUUUAAGACCUGCAAGUUAUGUCUGUCAGACAGAAACAUGAAUGUUCGGGCUGCAGCAGCCAGGUGCAUGUGGGAAGUCAUGAAACAUUCGUCUAGUAUCCUACAGCUUAACGAAUUUGAAUCCAUAGCUGCACUGAGCUUUCGUGCUCUCGAAGGUUCCAAUCAUGAAGUUCGAUGCGCUGUGGCCCUUUUGUUAGGUCAUGCUGCUGCUGCAGCACUUACACCUCCUAAACCUGGCCCAGCAAGAACCGGUCUGUCGGCAGCAGCGAACCAGUCUACUGCCUCUUCAGCGGCGAAGGUUGCCUCAGUAGAAGAAGUUCUAGGAGUAAUUUCGACCGGAUUUUGUGGAGGUGGAGGUUUCCUAAAGGGAACAGGUGAAAUGAUUAAAGGACCAGCUGCCACAAGCCGAGAAGUUCGAGUUGGAGUCACAAUGAGCUACGUCGUCAUGGUCCAACAACUUGGUUCUACAUGGUUGGAGCGCCACUUAAACACCAUGUUGCAGCAUCUACUUGAUUUAGCAGCCCAGCCGCGAGCUGCUCCUACCCACGUUGACGCCGUCUAUUCCCGUCAGUGCAUCACUUUCGUGUUUCGUUCACUGUUGGGCAAAAUGUUGGGCGAGAAGCAGCAAACGGCUGCUUGUAAAGAAUUAGCUCGCAUUAUUAAUCAUCAGAUGAACAGCAUAGAUCCCAAUCCGGAGAAUGCAAAAGACAGUAGCACGCAGGAAACUAUAUUUAGUCAACAUCUUCUUGUUUGUGCGCUGCAAGAGCUUGGCUCACUUGUUCACAGUCUUGCUAGCUCUGCAUCGGCACUUUUGGCCGAUCAGGGAGCUGGCGUAAUUGAUUGUGCUAUCGCUGUCUUGCUUCAUCCGUCGCAAGCUGCUCGUCUUGCAGCAGCUUGGAGUCUGCAGUCUAUGGCCGUUGCUGUUCCAUCUCAUCUUACACUACUGAUCGACAAAUGUGUUGAUGCCCUAGAAAAUCUUCGAAGCACGCCCGAAGCUGUGUCAGGUUACAGCGCUGCUUUGGCAGCAUUGAUAGCUGGUGUUUCAUCUUCUAGCUUGGGCAUCCCACAUAACCGUGGAAAGAUUGUGUUCAACACUGCCGAGGAGCUAUUAAGAAGUGCAAGCCAAAACAACAGACUCGCCGUCCAGCGCACACAGGCUGGUUGGUUACUCAUCGGAGCUGUUAUGACUUUGGUAUCUGUGGUCAGUAGCCUGGUUCCUCGAAUGUUGCUCCUUUGGCGCAACAGUUUCCCUCGUUCAGCUAAGGAAUUAGAAUCUGAGAAAGCUCGUGGCGAUGCUUUCACCUGGCAGGUGGCGCUCGAGGGUCGCGCUGGUGCCCUUUCGUCAAUUUGUAGCUUCCUCCGACACUGUCCACAGCUGGCCACAACUGAGGAUAUAACUAAACGUCUCAUGGGUCCGCUGGAUGCCGCCAUCACUAUGCUAACAAGCAUUGCAACAGUCGUCAAGACAUAUGGACAGCCUCUCAAGGCAGCAUGCGCUAUGGUUCGUCUUCGUCUUUACGAUGCUCUUUCUUUAGUCCCUCCUCAAUACUAUGAAGCGAGUUAUACUCAACUUUUACGUUUGCUGGUGGCUGUUGGUGGCUGUUGGUUGGUGCUGGUGGAGUUCACUUUAGCUGAAAAUCCAGCCAAUACAACCACAUCUCUGUUGCAGCAACAAUGCCAACCUGAUGGUUCAGCAGUCUUGUUGCAUCCAGAUCUUCAAGAUUCAGACUAAAAUUUGCUUCAACAACAGCUGUUGCCCAACAGUGCCGCCGGUUCAGGAGCCCUUGAACACGAUCCAUGUUCGCAUUACGCUUUGGUGACGGAUAGGUCACAGAAUGUUGGGAACGUACCUGGGCCACUUCCCUUGGGUGUAGCAGUUAUCGAUGCAUCAAUCACACUAUUUGGACACGUUUUCCCUCGAGUACUACACAAACACCGUCUCCAGCUGUUGAUCCAUUUUGAGGAUAGCAUCAAACAAGCCAAAACCCGUCAAGCCGUUCAAACGAAUAUUUUUGCCGGUAAACGAAAGCGAAGAAGAAGAAGCCACCGAAAAAGCCGCCGAAGAUGAAGAUUUAGCUGCCGAUGAUUAACUUUAUGUUUAUUGUUUUAAUAAUGCAACCUUUUAUAGCUUAAAUAAUUCAAAUUUUUUUAAAAUAUAAUCAAGAAAAACAAUACAAAGUUGAAUUUUCUUCUCUUGCAUUUUAAAUUUUUUAUAAAUAGCGCCAGAUUUACGGUGUUGCCGCAUUAAAGAAAUAAACUUAGGAGUCUGAAUGUCA